UAUGCGUUGGGUUCGCCUGACCUCGAACCAAAGCGGUUCGAUUGAGUUCAGGUUGCUUGUGCUCUAGAUCUGGUUUUAGGUAAUACUUGGUCGAAGUUUCGCGGCCGACUCCGUGACAGAACCGCGAAGGGGCACUUCGACCGGACCGGACCGGUAUCCUCCGAAGUCUUCUCUCACACGCACUCUCUUCGUUCUUUGAAAUCCCCCUGACCUCCUUGCGAUCUCUUCCGAUCGGGUUCCCGCUUGCCGACCCAAAUCGCGGAUCUUCUCCAUCAAGAGCCCGAGAAUUCCUCUUCGGAUCUUCUAAUUUGAACUUCUAUUCUGGUCCAAUCGGUCCGUUCCUCUUUCUUGGGAUUUCGUCGGCUUGGUCAACAUUCUUGCCCUCUCCCUGGGCGAUCUUAUGGUGGCAAAACUGCGUCCAGAAUCUCCAGAUGGAUAGAGAAUCCCAUUAUUCUUUUCAGUCGUCUGAUCAUUUACCACAAGAUAACAGUUCAUUUCAUCAUUCCAACCAACCAAGUGUACGAUGCUUAUUAUGCAGAAGAGUUUUCUCUUUGGAGGCAGAGCUGAAUGAUGGUUUUGAAGCAAUACACAUUUGUAGGGAGUGCAAAAUCAUGGUUCUUGAUGAUAACCAUACAAAUUUAAACGUUAGAGAUAUCCGUCGAAUAAGGAGACAAAGGAGAGAUUGGUUCAGGAGCUCAGAGCCAAUUGAGGAUUUAUUCUCUCAUAGAUUUUCCCGACUGAUUAAUUUGGCUAGCCAUAAUAAUGAAACACAAUCUGGAGGUGAUACUCCUGUUACUGUUCGGCGGCAUGCCAGCUAUUAUGCAUCCCGGAGCAGGUCCUGGAGACGGCAAAGUGCAUUAUCUGAUAAUGACAGUGAUGCUCUUGAUCAAUCGGAAUCCGCGCUCGGUGAAACCGACUCAAAUGUUAGUUUUGGUGGUUAUGGAGGAGACUCAGAUGCCUCCCUGGAUAGACAUAGCUUGAUUGACAGACAAGUGUUGUUGCAACAUGAGAAUGAGAGCUAUGUAUCCACCGACACAGAUAUUGACCCGAUGCAUGCAGGACUUGAUCAGUGGAACUCAGAUGGGGAAGAUGAUGAAGAUGGAGAGUGGGUAGAGGCCUCUUGGGUUGAAUUAAGUAUGUUUGCAGACCCGCAACAGCAGUUCCAGGAUGCUAAUGGUAGUCCAAGUAGUAAUGGUAUGGGAAGAGCUCAAGAUGGUGCCUGGUUUCAGUUGAGGAUAGGAGAAACUCCAGCAGAGUAUUCUGAUGUUUUUGCUGACUUUGAGGAAUCAGACAUUAGACCAACUUAUGUUGGGAAUCCAGGAGAUUAUGUUGAUGCAAGGGGAUUCGAGGAGCUGCUUGAGCAGCUUGCAGAGACUGACAGCUCAAGAAGGGGGGCACCUCCUGCAGCAGCAUCCUUCGUGAGGACUCUCCCAUCCGUAGUUGUUUCAAAAGACCAUCAAAGAAAGGGUACCCAGAUUUGUGCGGUCUGCAAGGACCCAUUACUUGUUGAUACUGAAGCAAAGCGGCUUCCCUGUAGGCACCUUUAUCAUCCUUCCUGCAUCUUGCCAUGGUUGAAUGUAAGGAACUCAUGCCCGGUUUGCAGAUACGAGCUCCCCACUGAUGAUCCAGAGUAUGAAGAGGCAAAAAGGAACCUGAACCAAACCGAAAGGCAUGUGUCUCAGCCCACAGACACGGCUGUGGAGACCUAUGAUACAUCUUCUGAAUUGGAGAACGAAGAAGCUUCUGAUAUCAGUAUUGCAAAUGCUGAGCAUCGCAGUUUAGAUCACGCGGCGAAUAGAAGUGGAGAGGGCAGCAGAGGUGGAUGGCUAUUCCUCGCUGCCGCCCCAAUUGUCAGUAUUGUUGGUAUUGUUCUCAUUUUCUGGUUAAGAAAACCGUCCGGUGAUGUGAGAAUUCAGGGCGGCGCCAGGGAACAGCAUCUGCACAGAUCUCAGAGCAACUCAUCUCCAGCGGACAGAAACAGGAGAUGGUGGUCUAUCUUUUAGUUGCACUUCCUUCUGCAUGUUCUGACUCUUGUUUAUAAUGGUUGUUUUCCUUGUUCUAGCUGUGUGUGUUUUACCAAUAAUUUUCAGACAAGUUUGUUUCAGUGUAAUCAAAUUAUGUUGAGAUGAUGAGAUGAGCUGAGAAUG